GGCAUGUCCCGCUGGCUGUCGCUUGAUGUUUUCAAGAUUGUGGUAUUUAACAGUGCCGACAGCUUCAUAAGGACGCUUUAUCCCUUCUAAAACUACCCCUCAUCGUACGGAGUGGUUUGGAGGCUUCAUUUUGCUAUCAAAAUGCAAAUCAAGGAAUGUAUAGUGUCUGCACCAGGGAAAGCUAUCCUCCACGGAGAACACGCUGUCGUGCAUGGCAAGGUGGCUCUGGCUGUAAGUUUGAACCUGCGCACAUACCUGCGGUUGCAGGCCACAUCCACCAGUAAAGUCUGCAUCAAUCUCCCCAACAUCAACACUUUCCUCAGCUGGGAUGUGGCCGUGUUGAAGCAGCUCCUCCCUGACUCUGGAGCUGAGCUGGGGAAUGUGAAUGAGCUUGAUGCAGAGCUUGUCAGGAUGCUGCGAAACUUUGUUGGUGUAUCAAACGGAACCUUGGAUACUCGCAGCAUGGCCAUCCUAGCCUUCCUCUACAUCUACCUCUGUGUCUUUGCCAAGUCAAGGGAGUUGCCCAGUCUGACGGUGUCUGUGUGGUCAGAGUUGCCAACGGGAGCGGGUCUGGGGUCCAGCGCUGCCUACUCUGUGUGCCUUGCUGCAGCCAUGCUUUCUGCCAGUGGGACCAUCCCUUCUCCUCUGAGUGACCAGGAAAACACAGCCAGGUGGGGCGAGGUGGAGAUGGAGCUAAUUAACAGGUGGGCGUUUCAGGGGGAGAGGAUCAUCCAUGGGAACCCCUCAGGGGUAGACAAUGCUGUGGGGACAUGGGGUGGCAUAUUGAGAUACCGUUCUGGGAAGAUAACAGCCUUAAGCAGGGUCCCAAUGUUAAGGAUCCUACUCACGAACACCAAGGUCCCUCGUAGCACCAAGGUACUUGUUGCUGGAGUGAAGGACAAAAUGAACAAGUUUCCCUCUAUUAUAAACCCUGUACUGGAGUCUGUGGAUGCAGUCUCCUGCACCUGUGAGCAGACCUUAACAGAGAUGGCCAGCGACACCCCCACACCAGAGCACUACAAUGUUCUGGAGGAGCUUAUUGACAUCAACCAGCACCACCUGAAUGUGAUUGGUGUCGGACACACGACCCUGGACACCCUGUGCCAGGUCACCCUGGCCAGAGGUCUACACAGCAAGCUGACUGGUGCCGGAGGAGGGGGCUGUGGCAUUACCUUGCUUAGACCAGAAACGGAGUGCUCGGUGAUCCAGAACACGAUCCAGGACUUGAGAGACUGUGGCUAUGACUGCUGGGAGACCCGUAUCGGGGCAGCAGGUGUGCAGCAGCACUCUCCCCUCGCUGUGAAAGAGCAGGUCCUGGAGGUUUUGGCGCGCUACUGAGACUCACUGGCCAUGGGUGUGCCCAAUGCCCUCCCUACAGGGUAGCGGGGUGCUUAGCUCCAUGACUCUGGCCUACCAAGUCUUCUAUUGUAAACCUUCCUGGGAUAUGUGGGACGGUAGCGUCCCACCUCGCCAACAUCCAGUGAAAGUGCAGGGCGCCAAAUUCAAACGAACAAAAAUCUCAUAAUUAAAAUUCCUCAAGCAUACAAGUAUUUUACACCAUUUU